GAAUGACAAGCAGAGGCUUCUGGCUUGGUUGAUGACGACACCUCACUUCACAACACUCAGGGUUAAUACAUUGAAGUCGUCGGUGAAAGACGUUAUAGCAGCAAUAAAUGAUGCCCUGCAGAAAAACCCUGCAUUUGGGACCUGAGGAACAAAGACCAUAAAAAAAAAAAAAGUGGCUGAUGCCUGGAGUCAUCUCGGUGAAGUUUUAAAGAAACCUGUCAAGGAGAUUAAAAGCAAAAAGGAAAUUCUUAUGGUCACAUUUCGUAAACAUUUAAAGAAGAAGCAAGAUUCUAUUCAUUCUGGCUCAGGAGUUGAAGGUAUUUACAAACCAGUUUGGUUUGCAUACCAGCUUAUGGAAUCAUUUCUGCUGCAAAUAUAUACCAACAAGAUUGGUUUGAACUCGGAUACGCAAUCAAGAUCAUCAGAAACAGCUGGCAAAGAAACGGUGGAUGAAGCCGAGGAGACAGAAAAUUAUAACAGCGUGGCGGGUUCCUCGACUCCAAAUAUAGCAGAAGAGCAAAUGGCCACAGCAUUUGGUCAAUUAACGAAUCAGUGUGAGGAAUAUGGAAUUGAUGAGAUGCCACAAGUCUUUGUGCACCCUAAAUUACCAGAAACUGUUGUUGUUUGUCCAUGGAAUGUGAGUGAACUUGAUCUGGAUGUAAAGCAACAAGAAGUAAUUGUUGAUGUAGCUUGUGGCAUUGCAGUUCUAAGAGGAGCUGAUGUUUUUGCACCUGGUGUGAUGGGGAUGCAAACAGGUACACAGAUUGGAGAUAUUGUAAGUGUUUUUGCAGAUGUCUCCAAAAAUUGCAAGAAAGGUUUGCAGUGUGUCUAUCCUGAUGACCAGAAAUAUUUUGUUGGGAAUGGUAUUGUGAGGAUGUCAAGAAGACAACUCUAUGGCAAGGAUGCUCAGCCAACUGGAGUGGCUGUAAGGAUGCUGUCUCGUCCUUCAGGGUGUCCCUCUGUUCCAUCACUUUUGGGUAUGGCAAUCCUGCAGAACCUGCCAUCAAUACUUACAUGUCAUGCACUGGAUCUUUCACCAGGGCAUUAUGUUCUUGAUUGCUGUGCCGCUCCUGGGAACAAAACAUUGCACAUAGCAAGUUUGAUGAAUGAUAAGGGACGGAUUGUUGCUGUUGACAAGACACAGGGAAAAGUGAAUAUUAUUAAAAGAAAAUGUGAAGAGUUCUCUGUGAAAUGUGUGGAAACAUAUGUUGGAGACACUACAAAAUCAGUUCAAACCCCUGACACAAACAUGUGUAAGGCAGGUGAAGAUCACUCCUUGCCGCACUGCCCACUAUUUCCUCCUGAAUCAUUUGAUCGUGUCCUGUUAGAUGCACCAUGCAGUGCUUUGGGGCAGAGGCCACAGUUACGCAAUGAUAUCAGCAUACAACAGUUACAGUCAUACCCUAUUCUUCAGCGUAAACUUUUCAAAGCUGCAUACACUUUGCUGAAGCAAGGUGGUUAUCUUGUGUACAGUACAUGCACAGUGAAUGUAGCAGAAAACGAGGCAAUCGUUGGCUGGGCACUUAAGGCAUACCCAGAGCUUGUUCUUGAGCCAAUAAUACCAAGUAUUGGAGGACCUGGAAUUCCUCAUGCUGGAAACCUGACAGAAGAACAGACUGAAUGUGUUCAGAGAUUUGGCCCACCAGUGGAGGGUUCUGUUAAGGGCUGUGAUACGGACACUGUUGGUUUCUUUAUUGCUCGUUUUCAAAAGAAAGUGCUGCACCACCGUUGAUGGUGUCUGUGAUCUGUAUUCUCUCUGUAAGAAAUUGUAUUGAAGCUUUUACAUUAAAAUUGUUAUGAAAUUCUAA